GUAGUGGAGGGCAAACAAACCGAAGAAGAAGUUGGAGACAACUUGGAGAGGAGAAAAUCCAACUGAUCGUAAAUGGCUUGAAGAAGCAAGGAUACAAUGGAAUCCACGGAAGUGGACUCGGAGUCGGCUUGUUCUGGAACCAGUGAGUUCUGGAAGAGACUAUGUACGGCUCUUCAGACCGGACGGUGUGACCGUUUCCAGUCAAUGGUGCAGGACCACAGGGAACGCUGGGAUGAGGCCUCUCAGGGAGAACUCCGGAAUGUUCUAGUGGUGAUUGUGUCAAAGAACCUGAGACGUGUUCUGGAUUUCCUGGUGUCCUUCUCCGGCAAUCCGUCACGCAUCGUUCAGCAGGCUUGUCUCAGAGCUAUGCACAGUGAUAAUUUUGACUUCUUCCAGUACGUGCUCAAAGAGUUUGGCCAUCUUGCUAGCAAUGGCAACGCGUUUGCAGACAGUGAGAAUAAUCUGUUGCACGUUGCUACCAGCCUUAAUCGAACGGCCUUUGCAAAACACUUGCUUUCCCUCGGUGUUGACGCGAAUGCUUCUAACGUCUCAGGUAUGACCCCGCUAGGAGUUGCUGUGACCAAAGGACACGUGGAGGUGACGAGGUUACUUAUCCACUCCGGGGCGUUGACAUGUAACCCGUCCAGCAUACAUCUUCUGAUGCUAGCCACCCACCUGGGCCACGCCGACAUCGUCGACGUUCUACUGGAAUGUGGCCUUGGCCAGACGGAAUCCAAUCAAUUCAAACAGAACGCUCUGAUGGUGGCCAGCAAGAAGGGCCAUGCGGCCAUAGUGAAUCGUCUCCUGGACGCUGGUUACGAUGUCGAAUGCUCCGAUCGAUUUGGGUACACGCCUCUUAUGUACGCAGUUGUUGAGGGACACAUUGAUGUCGUGAAACUCUUGUUAGAGAGAGGUUGUGACCCUUUAAGCAGGCGAUGGUCCGCUAAGGACACCGCUUUACACUUCGCAGCUUCUUACGGCCAUGUGGAGAUCACGGCUCUGUUGUUGGAGUACAUCUCCGACCCGGACAUUCCCGACUGCAUAGGCAUCACACCUUUAUAUUUGGCAGCAGAAGAAGGCCACUUGAACGUGGUGGAAAUCCUGGCUCCUAAGUGUGACUUGUACAGCAUGUGUGGGGACAAAGGACGGCCGCUGGAUGCCGCGGUGGAGUACGGCCACCUGGACUGUCUAAAAUACUUCCUGGAGCACGGCGAUACUGUGAUGAUCAAGGACAACAACGGACGGACGCCGCUAAUGAAAGCGGCUUGUAGGGGACAUGUGGACAUGGUGAAGUUUCUACUGGACAGAGCCAGUGAUAUAUCGGCAGAGGAUGACUUGGGAAAAACAGCACUGUCCUACGCCGUACUGUCAAUGAACCCCAAGUGCGUUGAAGUCCUUCUCUCCGCAGGAGCGUCGGUUGGAAUUGUUGACUCGGAUGGAGUAGCGUUGCUCAUGGUUGCCAUCAAAGUGGGCCAGCCCGCAAUCGUUUCCUUGUUCAUUUUAGCCGGAGCUGAUCUGGAGAGAAAAUGGCGGGUAAACCGUGCUCUGGACCCUCUCUAUCCGUUAGAACUGGCCGUGAAGCAGGAGAAUUUUGAAGUUGUGCAGCUGCUUGUGAACGCUGGCUGCACGAUUUCCAUGGAGGAUAUCACCAAUCACUGGAAUAGAAUGGAAUUUGAGAGCGGCGUUGGUUAUCGGCUGCAUCCUUUACCAGGACAGUCGGGAUCGACCAUGUCUUUAACGAACGAUAACGAAGCUGUGCGUUCUUAUCUGAAGAAACAUGCGGCAAAACCGUAUCCACUCAAGUGCCACUGCCGAAAAGCCAUAUGGAAAUCGCUCCCCAAGCCAUAUUGGUGCUCUGUGGGAGACCUCCCAAUUCCGAAUCUUAUCAAGGACUAUUUGUUGAUGGCGGAAAGUAAUUCACCGGCGCUGCAGAAAUAAUGGGUAGCGUAGUUCAUUUCUCACGAAAGACAAAAAAUACCCUGAUUUGAGCAGUAUCACUACAUCAGCCAGAGGAGAUAACAUCGGGUUUGUCGGCUCCAACUUAGCAAUCUGUAAUAUCGCAGAGACAAAGUUGAUUUUUUGUCUACCCUCGGUUCCACAAAGACCUCAGGUAUUUCUCGAGUAGGUUCCACACCGUGGGGUGACUCUAGUUUCUCUGUAAAUGUGGUGCACCUUCUGUAUAGUGAAGCUCGUUAAGCAACCAUGUGGUUCACAUGAAUCACAAUCUAACAUCAGGGAACCACGCGUGUCGUGUCACUUUACACCCAUGUGCAUGUGUGCCAUUUAGACUCAGGAUCCAGUUCAGUGUCACCAUUUCUCACCAAGAAACCUUUAACAAUAUGUAAAAUACUGUAGCAUAAAGCCAUCAGAUGAGCAUUUCGAUACUGUGUGCUGAGUGUGCAAAAGGGAUUACAUGGCCCAAAAGCAAACUACGAAUGACUUUUCGUUAAUAUUAUUGUAAAUAUUUCCAUCUGCAAAUAAAUGAAUGAGCUAGUUUUCAACAGGGAUAAUGUAUAACGCAUUAUAUAAAUAGAUUGUUCAAGUUGCCUAUGGGUUGUGAAGUACUAAAGCUUUGAUCUUGACAGAUUUUACAGUGAUAGUUUACCGCAUCUAAUAACUUUCAGUGUGCAGGGGUUAGAAAUGGUUUCAUCUUAUAACUGUCAGGGCCCACACGUUAAAUGUAGCUACAUCCAAUAAGGGUAUCUGGCCACACGUUAGCAGCGUCCUGUUUCCUCUAAAAUUUGGGACACCUGGUCUGCUCAUUUUAGCAAAUAUAUAUGUAAUUCUAGCAUCAGUAUUGAGUUCUUUUUUCUCACAUGGUUAGAUCAUCUAAUGAACAACAUACUCCUAUCUUUACCUUUCCAAUAGGCUGGUACAGAAAUGUAAUAUUCUGUUUUCAACACUACCAAUAUCUGUCCCAAAUCUUAGAAAAAUUAGGGUAACUACGUUUGAUAACUCUCUGGCUUCUGGUUAAAAGUAACUAUUGUACAUUUUACGUGUGCACCGUAUCACUUUGAGCGAUCAGGGGGUAGUAGUAACUAUAUUUCACAGCAUAUUAUAAAUAUCUAUAUGUGAUAACUCCUAACUACUCCUAGGGGCAAUUUAUGUAGUUUGAUGUUCACGUGCCACUCACUCAGACACCGGGAUAUGUAUAUGUAGAUUUUAAAAAAUAUUUUACUUUAUUCAAGAUGGCUGACUUUUAUUGCAGCCAAUAAAUCCACACCGAUAGUGCACUUCGUGGGGGAAAUUGUUGAUGGCAUUGUACAAAGGUUUCGUCUAUAGUUUUGUAUAACUUAUUUUGUUAAAAUUUUAAUAAACUGUUCAAGUCACAGUCGCAUUGAAUGCGUUUUUUUGUUAACAUUCAGUCUGACAUAUACUUUAUUCUUUCCAGAUUAGCUUUCAGAAUAUGUAGAAAGGAACCUUGCCAAUGGAUCUCAGCUCUGUAAAAAUUACACAAAGUUCAGCUGAAAGAGUGAGAAAAGCUAAUUGUGGUCUUUAAUACUUUCUUCGCUUUUCCUUUACGA